GCCCCUCUAACUUUUGUCUGCUUCACUCUGACCACAACCACCUGCCAUAUCGAAUACCCGAGCAAACAUACGGAAGCAGCAAAUAUCGCCAUGGCCAAGGUUCCAAGAAACUUUCGUCUACUUGAGGAGCUGGAAAAGGGAGAGAAAGGCCUAGGACCUGAGGCAUGCUCAUAUGGUCUCGCCGAUGGGGAUGAUAUUACAAUGACCAAUUGGAAUGGAACUAUUCUUGGACCCCCUCAUAGCGUACACGAGAACCGGAUAUAUAGUGUCAACAUCCAGUGCGGACCUGAAUACCCCGAUGUACCACCCACUCUACACUUUGUAUCAAAAAUCAACCUACCUUGCGUUGACCCGCAGACCGGAAAGGUCGAUCUAUCAAAGCUACUAACAACAUGGAAGAGGGAAUACACCAUGGAGACCAUCUUGCUGGAGCUUCGCAGGUGUAUGGCGUUACCCCAGCACAAGAAGCUCCCCCAACCUCCAGAGGGCACCACCUUCUAAGAGACGACAUACAUUUAUUUGAGGUAUGAAUGGUGUAUUAUGAAUAAACGGCUUAUUACAUUCACUUUCUCUUUGGUAUAUGGGGAUUCAUGCAUUUCUGUCUAUGUAUUAGCGGGCUUUUGAUUCAAUCCCUUAUCUGCAUUCUCAAAGGAGCUACAUUAGGAGAAUUGAUGCACUGAACAG